AUGUUUACAUCACUUUUCUGUACUAGUUUUGCAACUAUUGAUCAAUAUUUUAUAUCAAAUCGAUCUAUAAGAAUUCGUCAAUUGAGUCACUUGUCAUUUGCAAGAAUAAUUAUAUUAGUUUCUGUUUUUCUUUGGUGUUCAAUAAAUAUACCAGUGUUAUUUCUUUACAAUGUAUAUCCAAGAAAUAAUGGAACAUCAACUGUAUGUACAGUAUAUUCUCCUGCUUGGUCCUUUUAUUACACAUAUUUUCAAAGUUUGGCCUUGCUUUGUCUUGUACCUUUAUCAAUAUUUAUAAUAUUUGGUAUUUUGACAAGAAGAAAUCUUCACUCUGUACGUCAAUUUCAUCGAUCAAUUUCUCGUCAAAUGACCAAAAUGAUUCUUUUACAAGCAACAGCAAUGGGACUUUCUCUUUUCAUAGCUACUGUUCAAAUAAUUUAUCAAUCAGUAACGAUGAAUAUUCAAAAAGAUGCAUUACGUAAUGCUCAAGAUAAUAUAUUUAAUACAGUUGCUAACUUAUUGACUUAUGUCACUUAUUUUGGAGACUUUUAUAUUUAUUUAUAUUCAUCAAAAUCUUUACGUCAAGCUUUAAAAAGAAUAAUAUUCAAUCAUGAAACAACUCAGUCAAUAACCAAUACAAUGUUUUCUACUCAAAACCAAAACGGAACUAUAACAAAUCGGAAUAAAGUACAACCUAUAGAAAAGAACAAUAGUUAA